AUGCUCCCUAACACCACCAUCCCUCUGUCGGUGGAUUUCGACACUCCGGAGGACUUCCUCAUCUUCAUCUUCCAUAUUCUGUUCGCCACAAGCGCGGUGCUGGUGGCCGGCUCGGUGGUGAUCGGGAUAUCCUCCACCCGGUCUCUGCGGCGCCAGAACCGCUUUAUCUUCAUGCUGAACACCAGCAUCAGUGACACUCUGACCGGCUUCUCGGUUUACUACCUCGGCCUCUUCGACGUCCAGGAGGGCUAUCCCUCGAGGAACGGGACGUACUACAUUUUGCCCUCAUUUCUCGGUGUCAAUGUGUUAACCUUCCUUUUUGCUCAGUUUGACCGCUACUUUGCCGUGUGCCAUCCUUUCUUCUACAACCGUUUCAUAACGAGGUCUUUUGUAUUCGGAAUUUGUGCGUUUUGUUGGAUUUACACAUAUUCCAUCCUCACUGUGCAGAACAUGGUCCCUAUUUCAGAGGCGGCUAAAAUAAACGCGUUUGGUGUAAUGACUCUUCAGAUUAUAGUUCUCACAAAAGUGUUGAUGACUAUUAAAUUGUACAUCAUAGCCAGAAACCACAUGGCGAGAGAGGUGCCCAGUGCGGAGAGAGACAGCAAAAGGGAGUCGCUGCGCAUCAUUGUGUUUGUGGUUAUUUUCUUCUUGGCUCUGUGGUGUCCAUCCUUUGUCAAUAUAAUUGUUAGACAGUUGACCAGGAAAGGUAUGAGGUUUAGAAAUGAAGCCACUAACCUGUUUGCCAUCUUGGCCCGGCUGAACGCACUGGUGACCCCGGCUGUGUACAUCUGGGGCAGCCCAGCCCUGCGGGAAGCCGUUUGGCGGGAGGUGUGGCGGAGGCUGUGUCCCUGCCGUAGGGUGAGGUGA